AACAAAACAAUAAAAUACCGCAAACAAAAACAUUGAAUAAGUGCGUCAGAAAUUAGAGUGUUUCGUGUAAAAUUCAAUCAUACGUGAAUUCAAGUAGUGAAUCUAAUCAAAAAUCGUAAAAACUAACAGUAAAUAAGCUAUUUGGCACAGGCGCGUAAGCUCUUACCUAGUGCUGCACACAAAAACGAGGCCAUUAUCAGCAACCGCGCCUACAAAUUACCGAGAUAACUACGAGCAGCUAUUACAAAUCGCUAAUUAUUGGAUUGCUGAAUUACUAAUACACAAUAGCGUUUGAUUCCUAUCAAUUUUGUUUGAGUGAAAAUGCAUUGAGAAGACUAAGUUACUACUUCAAGGCUCAAUGCGAAACAAGUAGUGAAGUAAUCGAGGAAGCCUUAAACCCAUCCACCCAUUAGUGUGUUUCUGCGUAGCUGUUUAAUGAGAGCAAAUAUCAGUUGAAAAUAUUUCGUUAGCCCGUAGAUAACAAAGUAGUAGAAAAAGGUUUACGAGGAAAGGUUGAUAUGACGCUUUGCCUUCUAGUGACGGAUUAUCUCCAAUUUAUUAUAUAUACAUAUGUAUGUAAAGUGAUUUGAUGCAAAGUAUACAUAACAUAUAACAUACAUAUAAUCUAUUUAAUGGUAUGAGCGGUGUAUUUGAUAAGUUAUCUCAAUAUUUUUUUUUGUGUCUAAACAACAGUUAGUGUCCAGUGCUUAAAUUGUGCGGUUGUCAUUAAACGUGAAUUGCUGUUUAAGCGUAGAAAGUUCAACAUGGAGUCAAAUAAUAAUAAUAGCACAUAUCAAUUGGACCGUUGAAGAAUAUGCAGAAAAAGUAUCGUGAGGUCCUUUGGUCCGAUAAAUCUAAAAUAAAUAUGAUAGGUAGCGAUUGAAGCGAUUGGGUUCGACGUCCAAAGAAUGCUGAAAUGAAUCCUCGUUACACGAUAAAAACUUUCAAACAAGGAGAUGGUAAUGGUAAUAUCAUGAUAUGGGGAUGUUUUUCGUGGUACGGAGUUGGACCGCUGUUUUGGGUUUGGGAAAUUAUGGAUCUAUAUCACUACCUUAGAAUUUUAGACGAUGUGAUGAUUGCUUAUGCUGAAGGGAACAUGCCUUUAGUUUGGCAGUUCCAACAUGACAAGCAUUCCGCGAGUAUGGUCAAGACUUAGCUAUAAGAUCAAUGAAUCGAUGUUAUGAAAUAAGGAGGAACUAUGGAAAUAAGUCCAAGAGGCGUGGUAUUCAAUACCGAAUUCAGUCUGUAAAGCUCUAGUAGGAUCUAUGCCGAAAAGAUGCGCUGCCGCAAUACAAUUCUAACAAAAAUAACUACUAAUCCAUAUAGAAAUUAGACAAUUAGCUUGUUAAGCUUGAAAAUAAUUUAAUAAUGCAGCUAUUAGUUAAAACAUUUUAAUUUAAAUAAAAUAAAUAAAUAUUGCACUGAAAAUGCUUUUUAAAGUGCGCCCCUUUGAAAAGAAGAUAAACUGUUAAAAAGAAAUGAUAACUUCAUACAGCGCACACGAAGUUCAGUUUAAAUUUUAUGUGUUUGUUUUGAUCGCUCAUUUCUUAAGCGUACUGUGAGAGUCACUACAAAUUUGCCUGCCAAACAAAACGAGCGUCAUUCAAUGCCGACAGAGCGUUGACCAGCUCGUAAACACACAGUGGUUUGCUUCCACAAAUGAAAGUGGCCACCAAACCAGUCUUGAAUCGAGCUUUGCGCUGCACGCACAUUCUUGUUUAGUCUAGUUUUAUUAAUUCGAAAAAAAUAAAUCUACCAAAAAAUACACAAUAAUGGCUACUGUAGUGAAGUUAUUAUCAAUUUUACAAAAUCCUAGUGAAGUCGAGCCGGUGGAGCUUCAUUCGGAAAACAUAUACGAAGACAAGAUCAUCUUCCCGGAUUUCAAGACUGGACCAUUGACCAAAUAUCGCCAACUUUCAACGUUUUGCUACAAGCGCAUGAACGUCCUUCUGGAGGGUGAGGAGCACAUACGACUAAAGCAUCGCAUAUGGAAUUUCAUGGAAAAACAUCCCGACUUUCAACAUGACUUGGAGUCACCAACAAUGGAUCGCCAACGCCAACUGGCCAAUAAACGCGGACAAUUAAUCUGGGAUAAGCAAUUUUAUGGAUUAGGCGAUUACGUCUCUGCGCCUCAGCUUUCUCUCGCCUUUGCACAGAGCAUGUUCUCGUAUGACUUCAGCUUUGCCGUCAAGUAUUCGCUCUCGAAUGGCAUGUUCCCCAGCACAAUUCUCUCGCUAGGCACUGAGCGUUUGACCAAAUAUGCCGCGAAAAUUGCAAAUAAUGAAAUUUCGGGCGCUUUUGCGCUUACGGAAAUCUCACACGGCACCAAUGCACGUGGUAUGCGCACGCGCGCCACCUAUGAUCCCAAGACGCGUGAGUUCAUUAUACAUACACCCGACUUUGAGGCUGCCAAGUGUUGGGUCGGUAAUUUGGGCAAGACUUGUACGCACGCCAUCGUAUAUGCACAGUUAUAUGUGCCCGACGACGCAUAUCAAGGGCUGAAUGCGUUCCUCGUGCCAAUACGUAACGAGCGUACGCUGCUGCCGUUCCCUGGUGUGACCGUUGGUGAUUUGGGUGAGAAGGUCGGCUUGAAUGGCUUAGACAAUGGCUUUGUGAUGUUCAACGAAUACCGCAUACCCGGCGAGAACUUGCUAUCGAAGACGGGUGAUAUCGAUGAGCAAGGCAAUUAUGUGAGCAAAAUCAAAGACAGUCGCAAACGUUUGGGCGCCUCAUUGGGUGCACUCUCGGCUGGACGGGCGAAUAUAUGCUCAAUAGGUUAUGCCGCGCUCAGCAAAGCGAUAACAAUCGCCACACGCUACUCCGCAUGCCGCAAGCAAUUCGGCCCCGAAGAUAGCAACGAAGAGUGGCCUGUUAUCGAAUAUCAGUCACAACAAUAUCGCCUCAUGCCACAUUUGGCCACCGCCUAUGCGCUCCGUAUAUUCACCAUGUGGAUCGGCACAGAAAAUGUGGAUUUGACCUUUCGCACCAUUAUGGGCGAAGAUACCUCCAACAAAGGCAUGGAAAUACAUGCAGUUUCCUCGGCCGCCAAGCCAGUGUGCACUUGGGCAGCGCGCGAUGGCAUACAGGAAUGUCGCGAAGCGUGCGGUGGCCAUGGCUACUUGAAGUUAGCCGGCUUGGGUGAGCUGCGCAAUGACAACGACGCCAAUUGUACUUACGAAGGCGAGAAUAAUACGCUCAUACAGCAGGCGUCUAACUGGCUGAUAAGUCUGCGACGUAAUAAUGCCAAUUUCGAGGAGAUAUCGCCAUUGGGUUCUGUGAUCUUCUUGAAGAAUAUGGACGCGAUAUUGCGUACAACGGCGACCGAACGCUGCGUGCAAGAGGCGCUGCAACCAGAUAACCUCUUGAAGGCGUUGGAUUGGUUGCUUGCCUUCCAGCUGGAUCGAACAGUGCAGCGCUACGAAAGCUUGCGCAAGCAGGGACAAGACGCCUUUGAGACGCGCAACAACAUACAAGUUUUCAACGCACAACAGCUAUCCAUUAUCUAUGCACAGCGCACAAUUUACUAUGUGUUCCACCGCUUCGUCAACGACUUGCCGCCUUCGAAUGAGAAAAAUGUGCUCGCACAGCUGUUGUCGUUCUACGGCGCAGAUUUGGUCACGAAGUACAUCGGCAUCUACUAUCAAGGCGGCUACUUCCAGAACAAGGCGCAUGCGGAGCUCUACCAUGACGGCAUUUUGGCGCUGCUGCCGGUGCUGAAGCACGAGGCCAUAUCGCUGAUCGAUGCAAUUGCGCCAACAGACUUUAUACUCAACUCGCCGCUCGGCAUGAGCGAUGGCAAUAUUUACCAGCAUUUGCAGUGCGCCAUCGUGCAGGCGCCCGAGGUGUUCGAACGACCGAGCUGGUGGCGCGAAGUCACCUACAAGGACUAUCUGCAAAGGUCGAAGCUGUAGAGAUUUGCAUUUGCAUAAGUUUAGCGUACUUAUUUGUGAAUUUUGUUACAAUAAUUUUUAUUCCAUUGCAAUAAUUUAAUUCUUUGUCGUUGCACAAAACAUACGAGUAUAGAAAAUAUCAUUAGAAUUUAAGUAGCCAACAGCUGGCAAUUUGUGCUUUCAAUACAAGUAGAUUUUUGUUUAUACAAAAGUCACACAUAUGUAUACACAUAUUUACAAAUUAUUUGUGCUUUAUGAUAGAGUCUUACUAAGGACUUAUGACUGUGUAUGCCACAAAAGUACGCUUUGUUGUAGGCAUACAUACUUACAAACAGAUUUGUUGUGUUAAUGCUUAAAUUUUUAUAUACAAAAUAUAUACAUACAUACAUUGUUGUAAAUUGUUAUUGAAAGUCAUGUUACUUUUUGGUUAUCGUUUACGUUUUGGCAGUAACGUACGUUUUGCAAAUGUAGCUACAUAUUUGGCAUUGUUGCUAUUAAAUUGUGCACGCGCACAAAACCGCUGCCACGAAUUUGGGAGCACCGUUAAAACAAAAAUUUUAAAAUAUACUUUUUUCUUUACAAUUUAGACGUGUAAAUACAAAACAAAAAAAAAAAAAAUACAAAAAAAAAAUUAAAAGAAUACCAUGUACACAGCAGCUUUGGCUCACAUAGCGGAGCGAUAUGCCAAAUUUUAUCAUAAACCCCACACACUUCUAACAGAUCACAGUCAAGUGUUGCAUAUCUACGUCUACAGAAGUAUUAAAUAUGUAUGUACUAACAACAAACAAUUACACAGAUUUUCACAACCUAA